GCUAAGGCCGAGUUCCAAAAGUUCCACGAUGAGAUGAAGGCAUUGAAGAACGCCGGAAAGCACGAUGAGUUCGCCAAGAAGUUCGCCGCCAAGGAUGUUCAUCGGACCACUCCACGAUCCAUGCACCGCUGAUGAGGCCGCCAAGUUGGCUCAAAGUGACAAGAUGGCUGCUCUCAUCAAGGCCGAUUUUGACGUCAAGAUUGACGAAGUCACUCAAAUCGGAGAUGUCGUCGUCGAGCGCUGCUCCAUCAGCGCCAAGUUGCCAACUGGCGACAAGAACGGAUGGUCACUCACCGUUUGCGGUCAAGAAAGGAGGAGCAUGGAAGAUCCGUAACUCGUGCAUCACCUUCAAGGCUCCAAUCCCACAAUAA